AUGAAGACCUCCUUCCUCGCCCUCCUCACCUUCGCGGCCUCGGUCCUCGCCACCCCCCUCCUCGCCUCACGCCAGCUCGAAUCCCAAGCCGACGCGCUCGACCAGCUCACCGAGCUCGUCAAGGUCCACACAGCCAACAUCAACACAACCACCGCCGCCGUGCAAGACAACCCCACCCUCGCCCAACAAAACGAGGCCUGCCGCCGCCCUUCGCCCCCGGACUUUGACGCCAUCAACGGCCGCCCUGACCUCGGCCACCGGCCACUCUGGCCAAGAGUGUCUGGGACAACAACAACCACUGGGGGGGGGGACGAUGCUUGUGGACAGGACAGUCUGAUUGCCAAGGUUCAGACAUUGGUGUGGGAGGUGGCGGGUACGCUGAAGUUUGUGAUUGUGAAGUUGGGGCUUGGUGAGUAG